AUGUUAUUUAAUAUAAAUAUUACAUUAAUCGCAACAAUUUUAAUUUAUUCCCUAACUUUAUUAAUUGGAUUAUUCGGAAAUUGUUGGGUUGUAGCUUCCGUUAUGAGAACAACAAAAAAGGGUGGUGGGGGAAUUGGGGGAUCUCAUCAUAGUGGAAUGCCUAGUGUUAGUCCUUCCGACAGAUUAAGAAAAUAUAUUUGGUUAUUGGCACUUCUUGAUUUAUUAGUUAGUGGCUCUUUGUCCAUGCGUGUUUGGAGUUUAAUCUUUCCAAAACAAAUUUUUUGUAAGUCUAAACCUUUUUAA